AUUCGCUGCAUCUGAAUCUGCUCCCACAAUUCAACAGGCAACAAAGGAAGAAAGGAAGAGGCCGUAAGCUACAAAGUGUUAGCCAACCCAGGCAGUAAGAUGACACCUUAUUGUGUCAUUCUAGUCGGCUAUGUAAACCCACACGUUUAGAGAAGUACCGAAUCCGGCCGUACAAAUGCUUUAUGCUCUCAUUUGGGCGUAGGAAAUGACUAGAGGGAAGGUAACGGUAAUGUUUUCGACAUCACACGCUAACAAAGCUAGCUGAUUGGCUUAGGUAGUCGUGAGCUAACAUUAGCCAAGCUAACAUUAGCCAACAAUCGUCAAGGAGCGAACCUUUCAUGAACGUGUUGCACCAGACAGAUGCCAACACCCCUGGGUUAUUUUAUCUUGUAAGACAAGCAGCAUCAAAUGAAAGGUGGUGGAAGUGGAACUUGACCCAUCCAACUGAGUCACCAUUUUCCUGCACAUAAUGGGUUUGAUGGCUCCACUGUAUGCAUGACUUGUUUCGUGUGGCCUGAUGGGAGGACACUGUGGAUAGUACUUUCAUCGGGAUACCAGAAGAGCCAUCCCAUGCCGCCACUUCGGAGGGCCUGUCAGAAUGAAGAAGAUAAGCCUUAAGACCAUCCGCAAGUCCCUCAGCAUAAAGGGCAAAGAGGAGGGUGACUUUGUCAUGCUCCAGCAGCCCUCUGUGACUACAGAGUUUUCUAAGGAAGAGUCACUUUUUGGGGGCUGCUACACCAAAGAGCUCUCUGGCUGUGACCUUGGUGGAGAAGAGGACAAAGGGGGCCAGAAUAAGGGCCGCUCAAAGACAGAGAGCCUGAUGGGAUCACUAAAGAGGAGGCUGUCUACCAAGCAGAAGGCAAAAGUGAAAGGUGGCUCCUCUGCCAUAGGCUCAGUGGAUGAUGAUGACACCUUCUCAUCCUCCUCUGUGCCCAUCAGCUUCAACGAGGUGAAAGCCCAGAGACCCCUUAGAUCUGCAUCCCUACGAAGUCACCAUUAUAGCCCCUCACCCUGGCCUCUGCGGUCAGUCAACUCCGACGAUUCGUGUAUUAAGAUGGAGGUAAAGGUUAAAGCCAUGGUUCACUCACCUAGUCCCAGUCCCAGCUUAAACGGUGUCCGCAAAGAAUUUCAUGAUUUCCAGAUGGAAGGGCUCUUUCAGGACCAAGCAGAAUCCUUAAAGAAUCUCCAGCAGCCACAAAAUGGUGAGCUGCAUCUAAAUAUUGAUGAAAAUGACGUGCCUGUGGUGCUGGGGUUGACGCCCCAGGACUACAUCCAGUACACAAUGCCUUUAGAUGAGGGAAUGUACCCAGAAGGGUCCCACUCUUGCUGCCUGGACAGCUCCUCUCCUAUGGAGGUGGUGACUGAAGCAGACAAUGGGUCCCUCCACACAGACCAGGGACAAGAGGAACAUGAACUGGUUAGUGGGAUGCCUUCGGAUCUCUUCAUGGAAACCUCAGUUAAUAGUCUUCUCAUCGGUUCUGCUGGUGUGAUGCUCCAAAGCUCUAGAGUGGAGGUCCCGCCUCCCCUCUCUCCACUCCUGCCUCCGAUGGCAAGUAAUGGACAUAUCCCCAGGACUUUUUCGGGGUUCAGCUCUUCAGACAGCCAGGUAGCUGAGAGGGUAAGACACCACCUCAACUUUGACCCAAAUUCAGCUCCUGGGGUCAGUCGGGUAUAUGAUUCAGUCCAGAGCAGUGGACCAAUGGUCGUGACCAGCCUGACGGAGGAGCUGAAGAAGCUGGCGAGGCAGGGCUGGUACUGGGGCCCCAUCACACGCUGGGAGGCAGAGGAAAAGCUGGUCAACUUGGCUGAUGGUUCAUUCCUGGUGCGAGACAGCUCAGACGACAGGUACCUGCUCAGCCUGAGUUUCAGGUCACAGGGCAAAACCCUCCACACCCGCAUCGAACACUCCAAUGGACGCUUCAGCUUCUAUGAGCAGCCCGAUGUUGAAGGGCAUACAUCCAUUGUUGACUUAAUCGAACACUCUAUCAAAGACUCAGAGAAUGGAGCUUUUUGCUAUUCCAGGUCUCGCUUACCAGGGUCUGCAACCUACCCUGUCAGACUAACCAACCCAGUAUCUCGGUUUAUGCAAGUGCGCUCCCUGCAGUACCUUUGUCGCUUUGUCAUUAGACAAUACACAAGAAUAGACCUGAUCCAGAAACUGCCCUUACCUAACAAGAUGAAAGAUUAUCUGCAGGAGAAGCACUACUGAGGACACAGACAGGACAGUGGUAGCAAUUUGCACUUUUGUGUUCAGUUAAGAGAUUUAAACAAGGUUUACAGACAACCACAGUUUUGAGAUGACUGGUUCUGGUGGCUCUUGAUUUGUGUCCAGGUGACUGUCACUGUUUAGUCCUCCAUUCCACUGUUCUGGGGUUUUUUCGCUGGUUUUUGGAGGCUCUACUUCCAGAAACACAGGCCAGCACAUAAUCUAUUGCAAAAAUAUAGCAAAGGUUUACAGCCAAGUUAUCUUAGUUGCAUACAUUAAGUGGAGACAUUAGGCAUGCAUUGUGUUGUAUUGUUAAGUGUAACAUCCAGCUGUGCAAGUAGAGCAGAUUUUAAUAAAUUUGCUGUCUGCAUUAUAGUUGGGCCAGUAAGAAAAAUAGGAUUCCACAGUUCAUUGAAUUUUUAUCCACUAAAUUGUACAUUUCACAAAUGAAUUCAAGGAUGGAAUAGUUUUGAGUGAAUUUUUAAAAAUCAAAUUUUAAGCUCUCUGCAGACUGACCAAUGUUGAUCAUCUUUUGCAUCUUAUUAAUUCUUAGACUGUGUGACAUUACCAUCUUUGUCAGCAUGAACAGACUGCAAAUUAGAACACUAUUCUGCAUUCAUAAUAUGCAAUUGCUCAAAUUGCAAAGUUAGGCAUCAUUGUAAUACAAGUGAUAAUGGCCAACCUGUUUCAGUUUUUUUCUAACAUCUAAAGAAAUUUUAAAACUUUGCUACUUUUCCAGUGGAUGCAGCUUCCUUUUAAAGUAUUAUCAGAUUAUAUCUACUCUGCUUCAAUAUGGUUAGACUGAUGUGUGCUUUAUUUUUUAGUUUGUCAUGUUUGUUACUUUCAGCUGUUCUGGUGUACAAACAUGAACAUGAACAUUAAUAGACAUGGAUGCCUGUAGGUCAAACAAAAGUUCUAAUGCUAACCACGGCACCAUAUCAGUAUGUGUAAAAUCCCCGUCAUAGUCACACAGGCUUACUGGGUCCACAACAUUAACAUUCUGUUGCAAAAGAUGUCCAAAGUUUGCCGGUCUGUCAGAGGCUUUUAACAGUUGGUGAGAGAAGUAGCUUUAAAUUGUAUGGCUGCAUGUAGCCAUUAUAUAAUGUGCAAAGCCUAAAGGUACUGAUGAUGCUGGAUUUUCAUGUCAUGCUGUUUGUAGAAACAGCAUCAAGUUGAUGUAUAGACCUUCUCAAAAUAUAUUAAAAGUUAAAUCUUUCUGCAUUAGGAAUGUUACAAAAACUGCACCGCAGCUCAGGCCUAACAACUUUGUCACUGUCUGUAAUGCUUGUAUCUGCAUGUAGUAAAGGCUUCAAGACUGUCAAUUAAGGACACUGUAGAGUUAAUCUAAAUGAGUCAAGAUGUCACAGUAAAAGGGUGUUAAGAUUUUGGCUCUGUUGUUUAAGCGCAACUCUGAGUAAAAGGCUGUUUAAUGCACAAUUGCAUUUUCCUUAGGCAGUUUAUAUGUAAAGAAAAUUGGCCUCAAUUACCCUACAACUGAAAACAGAUAACUAGUCGACUGACCUAAAUCUGUAUGUAGGGAUGGCUGUUUGUUAGUCUCUUAACUCCAGCAAUGAGCUGGACCCAGAUCAAAGGAAUCCCAAAAAUAGUGUGAGCUUAGGUAAAUGGAUUUGGGAAAGCCAGGGUUAAGUCCUCCUUGCCAUCUUGGAGUGCUGCCAGGGUUUCAGCAAAUGACAAAAGUUCCAUCACAGCUGCAUGGCAUCAUUAGUGUCAUAUGGUUUUCAAGGGCAUAAAAAAAAAAGCAUACACUUUUUGCCAUUGCUUAUUCACAUUGUCCCCAGUCCCCACAGAGCUGCACUACCCCACAGAUUGUCUCGCUACUGGGCUGUUUGUGCCAGAGUAAAGGGAAGAGCACACAGUAUGCUACGCAAGUGCUUUAUAUGGAUACUUUGACAGGGAAUUGUUUUUUCACAAUAUGAAUGAGCAUCUUUUUGACAUCAGUGUCCUUAAAAGUAUUUGGAAAAUGGUCUCUCGGACAACUUUGGUAGGUUGUUAGCGCAUAGUUCUAGUUUUAGUUAGCUGGAAAUGUUGGUGUCUGAGGAAGUUACCAUGAAUCUAGCACAGCAGAAAUUAGAUAGGAACUUUGAAUGGUGUUGCAUGUUUAAAGACUUAGCAUUUUAAAGCUUUGAGUUGUAUAGGAAUGAAGGAUCUAGGAUGUGUGUUUGGCUGUGUAGAAGGAUGUUUUUUCUGUCACAAACAUUGGCUGGACAUUCUGUGUACAAGAAAUGUGUUUUUCUUUUUAGAAUCCUUUAGUGAAAUUUUUUUGUGACAUUUGCCAUCUGGGGGAUGGGGCUGUACAAAAGGAAUGUACGCUUGUUUGAGGUAUCCAUUUUAUCUGCCUGCAAACCAGUUUCAGAAAGCAUGAAAAUCAUCAAAACUACAUUGACACAUUUUUGCACUUGAAUAUUCUCCAUUGACAUGCUUGGAUCCUCUCUUGCCUAGAGUUGUCCUUCAGAUGGCUUUUUAAAAAAAAAAAAAAGAAAAAAAAAGAAGAAGAAACAAAGUCACACAUCUGUCCUUAUGUGUUCAUGUAAAUGUUUAGAUUGAAUCGAGAUCGUUUUGUUUUUGUCAUAUCUGUGGGAUAUAAAGGGUAAGGCACCAGCAUCAUAUCUAAGCCUCUGCUAAUGCUCAUGGGCUGUCAAGGAAUGGGAUCAUGGCAAGAAUGUGGAUGUAAAUUUAAUUUUACUUCUUCUUUUGGGUGCGUGUGUAUGUGUUUUCAUUUGAAAUGUGAAAGUAAACUGUUAGUCUUUUUUAAUACAAUGUUGUUCUAUGUGUAUUUCCAUUUUAAUUUGCAAUUUGUCAUCAAAUUUUGACAAGCAGGAACCAGUUUCAUAUGGUGUUGCUGCUGUGAGUUUUCUAAAUACUUAUUUAGUUUAUUAUUAAGCAUUAUUGCCUUCAAUGUUUGAUUCCAGAGGUUGAUGCUUGUUCAGACUGCUGAAGCAUUUUGAAUUCAUAACAGCUGUUUAGCACUUAACAAGCUCCAACAAUUUUUUUGUGUGUGAAGGUGAUUGUUUACAACGUUAUGUUUGGAAAUGCCCCUCCCUUCCCCUUGGGUUUUUUUUUUUUUUUUUUUUAAUCCCUCUCUCACAUGAACAUCCUGGUACAAUUUGAAAACAGUUUUAUUUCAUUUUAAUGUGUUAGACACAUUUGUGCUGCUUAUGGAUAUGAUUGCCUUGUAUUUAACAAUGGGGAAAUAGAAUGUCACCAGUGUAGAUGUAUGUACACAUAAUGACUCCGGUUAUCAUCUUGGGAGAGCAAAGCAGAUUUGCAAUUUGUUAACAACUGUAGUCAGCUAAAAGAGCAUUAGUAGCGAUUAGAAAAACCCUCUGUAGAAUUACCAGUUCACUCCAGUUUACAUUGGUUGUCAACUGUCAACUUUCCAAAGUAGAUGGUCUUUUUGUAUUUUUCUUUUGGAAAAAAAAAUCAACAGUGAUUUAUUGCACAUUUUGGAUACAGUUCAAGAGUUUUUUGUAUCUGCCAAUUAUAAAUUAUAAAUAAAAAAAACUAUAUUCUAAAAAAA